AUGGAAAUGUGUCCGACGACCGGACGUAUCCACUACCAAGGGUUUAUCUACUUCACGAACCCAAGAUCCUUCGACCAAGUCAGACGCGAAUUCGGCGGAUUAACCCACGUCGAAGUCUGCAGGGACAUAGCAGCCGCAAUCAAAUAUUGCAAAAAAGAAGAAACACGAGUGGGAACUCCAGUAGAAGCAGGAACCGUACCGGAAUGCGCCAGGGAACCAAAUUGGUGGCAAUCACUCAGCAUCGCUCAACUGUGGGAAGAAGAGCCCACCUGGAUGUUGAAACACCAUGGAGCAGUAACUGCAUACAACAAACAAUUGAAAAAAGUAACGUUCGCAAGACCGAAACCCGAAGUCAUCGUCCUCUGGGGACCUCCCGGAACUGGCAAAUCACACACAGCACGCGCUGUCUCAGACGACUAUUACGUCAAACCAGCAGGUCCCUGGUGGGACGGCUAUUUCGGCCAAGAAUUAGUCAUCUUUGAUGACUUUUACGGAUCGGAAAAAUUUUGUGACAUGUUACGCUGGUUGUCCGAAAAUCCAAUUAAAGUACCCAUUAAAGGAUCCAUGACCGACUUGCUCGCAACAAAAUUAUAA